AUGAACAACGGCGACUCUGACGGCUCCCCAAAGGGGCACGAGUCUGCGGGCAUCGAGGAGGGCAAGGUCAAGGUCUACACCAAUGCCACACAGAACCUGGCCGACGCCGAGGAGGACACCGCAUAUGAGAAUGUCCGUCACGGCAACGUUGUCAGGAGAUUCAUCUACUGGGUUCUGUCCUUCACCAUUCCCGGUCUGGGAAUGUUCUCCGAGGCGUACUUUGUGUUCUCCGUGGGUAACCUGAAGCCCAUCUUCAAGGUCUUGUACCCCGACUGCUGGGUCACCUUCCAGACGUGCAGCAGCAACCUGUCGGACUCCAUCAACUACUCCCAAGUCUCCGGUAUUAUUGCCGGCCAGCUAUUCAUUGGAUUCUUUGCGGACCGCAUCGGACGCAAGUACGGCUCCAUCCUGACCGCCUCCAUCAUGCUCCUGUUCGGUAUCCUGAUCACUGCCUCCUCGGGCUCCAACUCCGGCAACCUGUUCAUCAUGUUCACCGUGGUCCAGGCUCUGUUUGGCGUCGGCGUCGGCGGAGAGUACCCCGUGGCCUCCACCUCCGCUAAUGAGCGCGCCGAGCAGACCAAGCACCUGCAGAACCGUCGUGGCGAGACCGUGGUCUGCGUCUUCUCCAUGCAGGGCUGGGGCAACUGGUUCAACACCAUGAUCAUCCUGGCCAUCAUGGCCGGCUUCAACCAGCGCGGCGCGCCCUACGAUGACUACGCACUGGAGGUGACCUGGCGCCUGUCCUACGCGCUGGGCCUGCUCCCCCUGCUCUUCAUCUUCUACUGGCGUGUGUUCCAGCUGCGCGAGUCUGCGGUCUGGCGCCAGAAACGCGAGUCGCUGCGGUCCAUGGGCAAGGGCACGCGCUUCGGUGCUCGCAAGAUGCGCCUGCUCCUCUUCUACUACUGGCACCGCAUCGCUGGCACCUCCCUCUCCUGGUUUGUCUGGGACUUUGCCUUCUACGGAAACAAGCUCUUCCAGUCCACCUUCAUCAAGGUCAUCAACCCCAAGGCGGGCCUGCUGGAGGUGCUGGAGUGGACCCUGCUCAACAGCUCGGUCGCCCUCGUCGGCUACUACUUUGCCGCCUUCACCAUCGACAAGACGUGGAUGGGUCGCAAGCGCAUGCAGGUCAUGGGCUUUGCCUGGGUGGGCGUCCUCUUCCUGAUCUGCGCGGGGGCCUACCACAAGCUGCUGGAGCCCUCCAACAUCCAGGUCUUCCAGUUCCUCUACUACUUCUCCUCCUUCUGGGGCCAGUUUGGCCCCAACGCCACCACCUGGCUCCUCCCCGCCGAGACCAUCCCCACCGAGGCGCGCUCCAUGUGCCACGGCUUCGCCGCCGCCGUCGGCAAGGCCGGCGCCCUCGUCGCCGGCGUCGUCUUUGGCCUCGUGGACGACCGCGUCAAGUUCUGGAUCUCCGGCGUCUGCGGCGCCGUGGGCGUGGUCCUCACCCUCCUCGUCAUCCCUGACCUGACAGGGCUGGACCUGAAGGAGGGCGACAAGCGCUGGCUCGCCAUUGUCGAUGGUAACCACGACGAGUACACGGGCCCUGCCAUCAACCCCAGGCACCUCUCUGCCAUGGAGAAGUUUAUCUACCGCUUCCAGAAUAACUAUGUGGCUGGCUCGGAGGAGGAGUCCAAGUAG